UUCAAUUUCAAAAAAAUCAUUACAGCAGGGGGCCAGGAGCACCACCACAUGAACAACGUAUUUGCAGAGACCGUCGCUCAUCCGUCGACUCAGCAAGUAUGACAUCCGUGUGGCCUUCCGGUGAUAAAAAUUAUUAGUUAGUCCCCUCCUCCCCCGCGAAACGGAAUGGAAUACUUAAGAUGUAUUUGCCAUGCACCUAGAAUAUUCCCCAUGCAGCUUCCUCUAUAUCCAUCUAAGAAUAAGAUUAUUUCAGAAAUUAGAAUUUAGCACAGCAUUUAACCGCCCGAACUACAAUCUCCGGCAGUCAACAUGACUUUGUUGCUUAAGAACAAAAGCCUCCGAUGGCGCCGUCGGCCCCCGGAUUUCUAGUGAGAACCUCAACACGAUUUCACUUAGAAAGUUCAUGACAACUUCUACUUGCGCGACGCUGUCAGCUACGGGGCGUAAAUUAUACAUUUUUCGCACUUGAAUAUAUUAUCGUUGUAAGUUUAACACCACUGUUUGUGUUUCAUCGACGUGGCGACCCGGACUACAACUUCGACGCAUUGAUAAAUUUUUGUUCGCAAACAAAAAACAAAAAAAAUGCUAAGCCUGAAUAGCAUCACCGAGGAGCAUGAUCCGCAAAUCAACACGGAUGAGGAGCAGAAGCAGAACCGCAAAAUUCCCGCCACGAGCAUCUUCCGGCAGGGGCUCACCAUCGCCCGCGUCAAGGCCAUCCAGAAGUUCGCCAGCGAGAAGCACAAAUUUAUAUCCAAGAAAAAACCUGUGUAAGUGUAACUCUGUAAUGCAGAACAUGCAUCAGAGUUACACCUGUCAUGCCAGACAACCAUGGAGUCCUCCUAUCACGUGUAGUGUUUUCCCUUACAAGCCGCGCAUGACAGGCUUUCUCUGUCAUGUAGACCAAAUUUGUGAUGCUGUCAACCAAAGAAACCAAAGUUACACUAACACAGUUUUUUUCUUGGAUAAUUUAUCAAGGAGGUGUACUCGGAAGAAUUUGGCGACUUGGAGCUGGGCGGCGCGGCGUCCAGUUCUCCCUCCUCCGCGGCAGCGCUUUUGCGGAAAAACUUCUACGGAGAAAGCAUCGUGGCCGACCCGCUGGGCGAUGUGUACUACAACGGGCACGAGCUGAUCACGCGGCGCAACGAGUUCCGCCAGACGCAGAACCAUUUCGGCACCAAGGGCGGCAUCGCGCGCUACGUGAAUCGACCGGGGAACGACCUGUGGCGCUACUUUAUGGACGACUUCUUUUUCAGGGAGGGCGACACCGAAGCCUUUACUUCCGCGGCCGACGGCGGGCUGUUCCAUCAGGGCGGUGGUGCCGGGCGGGGGCAGAUGCUGGCCGGACCCUUGUCGACGUCCACGAAGGCCGUCGGGGAUUUCCUUUGGGACUUUUGUGUCAACCGCAUCUCGAUGAAGCAACUGAUUACCUACGUGUUGGCUUUUGAAAUCGGGUUUGUCACCGUGUUUGCGGUGGUCAAUUAUGGCUUGUCCUGCUUGCUCUACUGGCUUAUGUACGACCUGUUGGAAGAUGUUCUGGCGCUCAGGGCGGGACGAGAUGGUGAUCCUGCUGACCACGCGUCCUCCACGACCACGUCCUUGACCACCGCGGGCACAACAUCUACUUCCACAUCCCCCCUGUGGUCGUCUCCUUCCCCCCCGAGCGAGCGGACCUUCCGGCACUUCUUCAUGCUGAGCUUGAAGGCCACCAACAGUCUGAGCUUCUUCCAGACCACCGAAGCGGACGAAUUGAUUCACCCCGAUGGGGAGCGAGGCCGGGACAACUUCCUUACCUUCGUCAUGCUCACCGUUUUGUCCCUACAGCACUAUCUGCAGAUUAUCUUUCUCUUGCUGCUCACCGGCGUUAUCGUCGCGAGGUUUCUGCAGCCGAGUCAGCAACUUUGCUUUAUGGCGUUCUCAAAAUGUUACAUUCUCAACUGUUACAUGAUUUGUCAUGCAAAAACACUAUCACUUUUACCGCGAUCAAGCCUUCUCCGCAUGACAACUUCCCGACGCGCUAGAUAGCAUUACAAUCUGCUCCAAACCUGUAAUGCAAAAGGCACAACGUUUUCCCUUUCACUUUUUGCCAUUCUUGCAUUACAAAUUUCAUGUAACAGCUGAGGAUGUAACGUUUGAGAACCCCAUAUGCUUCUCCCACGCCUGCUGCGUGUCUGACGGAGUGCUGAAACCGACGAUAUUUGACAACUCAGUACAACCUCCAGGACCAACGCCAAAUGUAGUCGCGAAUAUUAACACGACCACCAGCAAGAGUGUGACAGAGAUGGUGCGGAUCCGAUCCAACAGUAAAAACGCUGGUGGCUCGUCCUUAACAACUGCAAAUAGAAGUCCCCGGCCAGGAUCUCUACUAGCGUCUUCGAGUAUGAAAGCUUCUCCACCAGCAAGCGGCAAUCAAGAUCAUUCAAGCCAGCAGAAUGUGAAUAUCAAACCUUUGAAGGGGCCGAAAGGGAAAAUCAAAAACCGCAUUUUGAUGCCGGUAAACGAGCCCGAGCCAAUUAUUGUGACGAGCAGCGCCCUGGCGUUUCUUAACCGCAUGCUGUUGUCAGCGAAAGCAAAUAGCAACGCGGCGGGUGGGACGAGUGGUGGGGCAGGCGGUGUAGUUCCUGGUCAGGAGAGCAGCAGCAGCAGUGGCUCGCCAGCAUCCGGGGGGCCGCUACAGAAUGGGACGAGUUUAACACUUCAUCUACCGGGUGGGAAUGAAGAUGAGGAGAAAGACACAAACGGCACGAAAUUGCCGUUGGUGGGGGCUGGUGCAGGUGGCGAUAAAAAUCCUGACAUGCCGCGAGGACCUGCAGGCGCAGCGCCAGCGAAGGCGAGGGCGCUGUCUUCGGAAGUAGAGGACAAGUUUGUCUCCACAUCCCCUGCAAGGAGCGAUUUGGAGUAUAAGGAAGCUGCUCCGCAUCCUGAGGGCAGUGCUGCCCACGCCCCCGGCUCGGCCUCCGUUGCGGGUAACACCAUAGGCAAUGCUGGUAGAGCCUCCAGUCUAAAAGUAGAACCUGCUGGACCAACCACGUCCAACAGCACAGGAGCAGAAACAAAAGCGUUGAAAUCGAAAAGAAGCCGAUCAGCUUCUUCGCUGCCGGCUUCGGGAGCUGCUGCAGCGAACGACGAUAAGACUGUCGGUAGCAAGAAUAGAACCUCCGGCGCGACUGCGAGCAGCAGUGACAGGAGGGUGACUUCUUCGAAUAGAGCAGAUUCAUCGCAACUACGAAAUAGCAGCUCGUCCCUAGUAGCAGGAGGCCCUAGUACCUCUGCGGCGAUAAGGAAUCCAGGUGGAGCAUCUUCGAAGAAAACCAGCAGAAGUGUUUCUCCAGACCAAGACGGUAAUAUCUUGACCGCUCCUGCUGUGGCAACUACAAGUUCUCCGGCGAGUGGCGGUACUUCUAGCAAGAAAUCUGCAAAGAUAGUAGUGGAAAACAGAGCUGCGGAUGUUCCAAACAACACGACGAAAAGUUUGGCGGGCGGAGGGCCGGCUAAGGUGAAGAAGUCGAAAACCUCAAUAACCACCUCUUCGUCUCCUUCAAAAGGUGGACCACAGCUGGUGUUGUAUAACGAAGGCGAGCACAAGGCGCAAAUGGUGCCACCAGCGGGCGACGAAGAUGCUUCCGCUUUCCGAUCAUCAUCAACAUCUGCAGCUGGUGCCAGUAAAAUGAAUAAAAAAGAAAAACACCUGCUCCAACUACCUCCAGCCAAAGGAAAUGCAGUGGUUCUUGCCGUCGCACCCCCGGCGUUCCCAACGGCGGAGCGAGCACCUCCUGCAGCUAGUACAGGAGCGCAAACUUCUACAAUUGCGGGGGCACGACCGGCCAUGCAAACAAAAGGCGUUCCCCAGCUGCAGCAACUGCUCAGCCCGCGCAUGGGGCCAGGGGGAGGACUCUUAGCGGCGCCUGCAGAUAGAAGUACAACUUCGCCGAGAGGAGCAGGGAACACAAGUGUUCCAUUCUCGGCUGCAGGAUUACAACCACCACCACCUCCCGGAGGAGCCGAUCCUGUUCCAGAUGAAAAAUUCUACUACCCCGACAGCGACUGGCUGGAGUACCCCGAGCUUGUGUUGCGCUUGAUGGUGAUCCGGGAGAACGUGAUUUUGGUGCAGCCGAAGAUCGUGCUGCAGUUGGUCACGCGGUCGGGGCUGAUGUACGAGUUGCAGGCACAAGUUUUGUCGAACAGCACCAGUUUGAGCAGCAGUGGCUCCUCAUCUAGUACAAAGCCUACAAAUAGCGGUGGCGAGCAGGUACUAGACACGACAGGCAAUAAACCAUCCAACACCGAGAUCGACCAACUUUUACAGGACCACCUAUGCACUGCAAAUAUGUCUGGGUCUGGAAAUCUGUGAUGCUGAAUUGAGCAUGAUUGAAGCGCUUGUAUUAAUGGCAGCCAGGCAUGACAAGUUUUAGAGAGGCCUGCUGAUGCCUACCACGCAUUACAAAUUGCGUUUUUGCAUGACAAAGCAAGCUCCUCUUUUGCUGCUCAUGCAACACAGAUUUUCCAGGAAUGCAAGACACGCAUCACAAGUUCCACUAUUCCAGACCCAGACACUUUUGCAUUUGAUACCACCCGGCGCAAUACCAACUUCUCCCGAUGUAUGGAUGUGUCAGGAUUGAAAUCGACAAAGUUGAAAGAAUCUGUGAUGCAUAAAAUGCAAAGCACGAAAAGACUGUCUUGCAGGGAUUGCAAGUGAGGCAGAUUUCGAGCCUAUUUAGGGUUUGGGAUAGAGCUGCUAAAGGAGCAUGACAAAAGCACUCUUCUGUGCCCAAACAGCAUGACAGAUUGGAUUUCGGUGCUCAGAAAAUUUGUCAUGCGCCGCUUGGAAAUUGGUCUUCCAACUGGUCUCCGCUUUAUGCAUGACAAACUAUUUCAACUUUGACGAUUUCAAACCUGACACUUCCAUACGAUGCUCACGGUGCACAGCCCGAACGGCGGCAUUCUGACGAUCAAGCACAUCAUCAACGAAGCCUCUCCCCUGCACGAAAAGAACCUCGGACUGCGGGAGCUGUUUCUGAUCAACUGUUCGGUUCUAGCGGUUAUGCAUUGCAAAUAUGUCUGGGUCUGGAAGGAUCCAAACUUGUCAUGCUGUCUUUGGACUCUAAAAAAAUCUGUAUUGCAGGACCAACAAGAGGAGCCCGGAUUGUGCUACGCGGAGAGGACAUUUGUCAUGCGGAAUAGGCAUCAGAAAGCCUUCCAAAAAUCUGUGAUGCUAAGUCAUGCACUACAGGCGCGAUUGGUCAUGCAAAAUAUGCAUGACAAACCCGGCAACCUCCCAGACCCAGACAUUUUUGCAUUUGAUAGCGGUCGAUCAGUACAGCGGGAAAACGAUCACGGAAGUGUGCAGCUACGUGUGCCCGGCCGUGAAAACGGUGCAGCUGACAGCCGCGGAACAAGAGGAGCAAUCGCUGAAACAGCAGCAGCAGCAAAAUAUUAAGGGCGGAUCACAACUUUUAGGACCGGCGAGUACAACUUCUGAUAGCACAUCAAGAACGACAUCAGCAAACACCAUGAUCGGCAGCGACCAGAUCGAGAAUCGGUUUAUCACGGUGCAGGAAUUGACACAGCUGCAGUCGGAGUUGAAUCUGAAGCAAGAGGAACUCCGCACGAUCAAUUACGUUUCCGUCAUGCUGGAGUCGGAUACGCAAUACAAAUUUUCCGUACAUGUACAAGAUGCAUCACAAAUUUCACCAAUUUAAAGCCGAAAACUUGUCAUGCUAGACUAGGAUGGAAGCCAAGUUCUUUCAUGCAGAGACCGCAUGUGUACGUGUACGGGAAAUUUACUGUGGAUAUCGGAGCGCCGCACUUCACUGAAGAAGGAAAUCGAACUCCGCGCGAAGGAGCUGGAGUUCAAAAAGAAACAGUUCAAGAAGUGGUGCUUCCCCGACGGUACGUUCAAGGUCCCGGCGGUGCUGUUUCACGCGAAAUUUAAGGAAAUCAGCCGGGUGGACCAGAAUCUAGUACAAAAGCCGAGGUUUCCGGAAGAUAACUUCCAGAACAACUUCGAGCACAGGAAACACCUGGCGUACAUAUGACCUGCUCAAACGUUACAAUAUCAAACGUUACAAUAGAAUCUGGGACUUGUCUCGCAUAAUGAGCAUGACAGACUCGCAGACCAUUCCACUUUAUGCAGCACAAAUACUGGCACUGGCAGACUGUAGUGCGGUUUGGGACUCCGGAACUUGUCAUGCGUAAUCCUAUGAAACUUGGCUAGAUCAUGCACUUCUUGCAUCACAGAUUUCCAAAUUCUAUUGUAACGCUUGGGAUUGUAACGUUUGAGCAGGUCAUAGUACAAAAACCGGAAGAAAUCCUGCUUCAGCCGCAUUUGGUACUGGCUGGGGGUGGAGGAAAUUCUGCAAGAAGUGUUGAAAGUUGUGAUCUAUGGAUUGCAAAAAUGUCUGGGUCUGGAAAGUUGGAACUUGUGAUGCUGCGUUUGGAUUCUAAAAAAAUCCGUAUUGCAUGACCAGCAAGAGGAGUCUAGUUUGUGCUACGCGGGGAGGGCAUUUGGCAUGCGGAGUAGGCAUCAGGAAGCCCUCUAAAAAUCUGUGAUGCUAGGCCGUGCAUUACAGACAUCCUGGGUCAUGCAAAAUAUGCAUGAUAAACUUGGCAACAUUCCAGACCCAGACACUUUUACAAUUGAUAUGAUCGAAAACUUUGUUUUGAACCAAACGGACGACGACGAGGAGGACGUUGGCUUGAUCUUUCAGCACGGAAGCGGAACGGGGUUGUCGCGGAAGAUCAGCGCGGCGGCGAGUGCAAAAAGGUGGCGGAAGAAAAACUUUUUGGAAAAAGUUUUCACGACAGUCAUCCCCUUUUGGGAAAGCUUCUUCCAACCUUUGGUUCUGACCUUGUACCAAUUGCUCAUCCGGAAACUCCUACUGAACUUCGUGGUGAAAAGACUGCUGUGCGGCUGCUGUUUGUCGCUGUUGAGAAGACAGUACGGAUACAGGCACGCGGAGGAAUAUUACCUGAGUAAGAAGAUGAAGAUAGAAGAUAGCACGGGGGCAGGUGGGUAUAACAUAAGUGGUCCUGGACCGCCGAACAAUAGUUCCUCAUCUCAGAUAGACCACAAUAGAACUAGCAACUCAGUUGUACACAACAAUCCCUACCAUAGCAACACAAAUUCCUGGCACCCGCGUCGGAUGUAUUUUAACUUAAAUAAUUUUGAGCGCGUGGUAAGGCGAACAGAUUUCGGACGUCGUGGAGUCGGAGGUGGAGGGAAUGGCAGUGGUGGGGCGUUUCGAUAG